AUGGCCGGGGAGCGCGCCCUUCUAGCGGCUCGCCAGGGCGAUCUGGAGGCGCUGAAGGCGCUGCUGCCUCCGCCGGCCGACCGCGGGGUCCCUCUGCUGCCCCCCGCCGCCCUCCGGGACCCCCUGGGCGCCUCCCCCGUGCACCACGCCGCCCGCGCCGGGAAACUGCGCUGCUUGCGCUACCUGGUGGAGGAUGCCGCGCUAGGCGCGCAGGGCCGGGCGCGCAACGGGGCCACCCCGGCCCACGACGCCGCCGCCACUGGCCACCUGGCCUGCCUGCAGUGGCUGCUCGGGCCCGGCGGCUGCCGCGUCCAGGAUGCGGAUCAUUCGGGCGCCACCGUCCUGCACCUGGCCGCCCGCUUCGGCCACCACGACAUCACCGACUGGCUCCUGCGCUUCGGGGGCAGCGACCCCCUGGUGCCCACCGAGACGGGGGCCCUGCCUGUCCACUACGCUGCCACCAAGGGAGACCUUCCUUCCCUGCAUCUCAUCCUCGGACACUGUCCCAGUUCGGUCAAUGCCCAAACCAAGAACGGUGCCACCCCCCUGUAUUUAGCCUGCCAAGAGGGCCACCUGGAGAUCAUCCAGUACUUGGUCAAGGAGUGUGGGGCUGACCCACACCUACGCGCCAACGACGGCAUGACGCCCCUCCAUGCCGCAGCCCAGAUGGGCCACAACACCGUCAUUGUGUGGCUGAUGAGUUUCACCAAUGCCCACCUGUCGGAGCAAGACGAGGACGGGGCCACGCCGAUGCAUUUCGCGGCCAGUCGGGGCCACGCCAAAGUCCUGAGCUGGCUGCUCUUACACGGCGGGGAGAUUGUGGUGGACCAGUGGGGGGGAACCCCCUUGCACGACGCGGCGGAGAACGGGGAGCUGGAGUGCUGUCAGAUCCUCGUGGUUAACGGCGUGGACCUCAGCCUGCGCGACCAGGAGGGCAACACUGCCGCAGACCUUGCCGACUACAACGGCCACUCGCAGUGCGCCAAGUACCUGCGGACGGUGGAAAACAUGAGUGUGGAACACCGGGUGUUGUCCCGAGACCCCUCGGCCGACACGGAACUCAAGCAGCCGGAUUCCGGCCUGUCCUCGCCCCACACCACCGUCUCGGCCCCCCAGACCCACUUGGAAACGGGGUCCCCGAGCAGCAUCUUCUCCAACUACGAUUCCUCGCACUCGAGUCAAUCCAGCACGGGGGAGAAGCACCCCCCCAUUUUCGUUCCAGGGGUCCCCAAAACGGCGCUCACCGAUAUGCAGACCUACAUGGACAUGCUAAAUCCAGAGCUGGCCCCGGGCCCCGCAAAGCCGGGGGGCCAAACCUCUCCGCCCCCACCCCCCAGUUUCCCGGCGCCUUCUCCCCCCCCCCCCCCACGGGCCCCCCCCCCCCCCCCGGGCGCCCCGGCCCCGAGCCCCCCCGAAAUGCCGCACACCGCCGAGAUUUACGUCCAAGCCAAAAACAACCUUCGACACGUCAACAGCGAAAGCCUCAAACAGGAGGUAAGCGGUGGAGUGGGAGGGCUGCAAAGGACAGAUCCCAGCAGGAGAUCCAAAAGAUUCAGCAAACAGCCGAGCACGGGGGAUUAUUACAAACGCCUGGAUAGCGGCGGCGGAGAGCAGAACAAGAGGACGUCCAGGAUGGCCCACAGCGAGGAGGUGAGAAUCCAGAUUUUUUUUGGGGUGGGGGGGAUCCAGUUAGAACCAUGGACAGGGGGGGCCCUGGGAGCCCCCCCUCGGCCCUCCCAGGCUUCGCUUCUCUCCAGCGAGAAAGUGCACAACGGAAGCGCGGCGGAGAAGACGCCCACCGGAGAGGCCCCUCCCCCCGCUCCCCCCCUCCCCGAGGGGGGCUGCUCCCCACCACCCCCUCCCCCCCUGCCUGCGGAGCACACACCCCCCUCAACUGGCCAGCGAAGGUCUUCCUCCUCCACCGGAAGCACCAAAUCCUUCAACAUGAUGUCCCCAGCGGCCGACAAUUCGGAGCUCCUUGCCGAAAUCAAAGCCGGGAAGAGUUUGAAGCCAACCCCUCAAAGUAAGGGACUCACCACCAUCUUCUCCAGCUGUGGCCAAGCCGGCACCAAUGUAAGUUCUCCCUGGAAAAUGGUUCCUUCUUCAUCCAGUUCCUCCUCCCCCGGGGGGACGCCGACGCCCCCUUCCACCCCCGAGGAAGCUUCCGGGUUCAGAGCUUCCGGCUCGCCCAAGCUGGAGGUCAACGGUUCCAUGACGCCCUUCGGGAGCCCAACUGGCCACCGGGACCUGGAGGCCCUGAUCCCCACCCACGAUGAGCAGGGGAAGCCCAUCCCAGAGUGGAAGCGACAGGUGAUGCUGCGCAAGCUACAGAUGAAGGUGCAGGAAGAGGAAGAGAAGAGGCACAAGGAAAGAGAAGACGAGGCGCGCCUGGCUGGCAUGCCAGCUUGGAGAAGGGAUAUUUUCCGGAAAAAGAUGGAAGAAGAGAGGUUACAAAAACGACGGGAGGAAGAAAAACUGCGACGGAUCGAGGAGGAGAAAGAGAAAGAACAAGCGGAAAAACUAAAGACUCUCGGCUUUGACGAGAACAAACUGACGCCCUGGCAAAGGCAGAUCAUUCUCAAAAAAGGAGACAUGGCAAAGUAUUAACCCUUCUCCGCGCUUUGGGGGAUUCCCAUUUCGAUCCCAGAACCGGGAGGGAACUGCGGGAGAAGCAGAGAGUCGAAUCUCCUGGUGUGCGGAUCUUCUGUGCUCGUCACCGGAUCCACCCAGGAUCUCUCCCUCUCGAUCACUCGUUCUGUCAAAUUUCCAUUUGUUCGACCUCCGCAUCCUUUUGGGAUCUGUCUGUCUCAGCUGCUCAUUUUGCUAAAUGUCCAUUCGUUCAACCCAAACCCAGAUCCAUUUGGGAUCUCUCUCUCUCUCUUCAUCCUUUGUUUAUCUAAAAUUUCUUUGUUCAAAUGCCGCUCUUUGUCCAUUCGAUACAGGCGACUUUAAUCGUCCAACUGCAAAGGGUGGGAUUUAAUUAUAAACCAGCAUCUGGUCUGCUCAACCCCAUCUUAAGAGCUAAUUCUGAAAAAGAGAAGAAGAAAAAUUUGCAAAUGGCCCAAAUUUUCCACAGCUGGCACUACUGAGCACAGAUUGGCCAAUGCUGGAGAGGUCACUAUAAGUAGUCCUGGACUUACAACCAUUCAUUUAGUGACCAUUUGAAGUUACACUGAA